AUGAGGCUGGUCAUUCUUGUGUGCCAGCUUGGCCUAAUUCUGAGGACUGAUGCCCAGAUACCACCACUCUGCGUUCUCAGUGACACAAACAGAGCUCCAGAAAACACAGACAUAAAGGUGGUGUGCGGCACCAAGUACAUGAAAAUGGAUAUCUACAUUUGCCCGAUAUACCAAGCUGCUUACAACGAGUCCCUGAUGGUGCUCAAUGGUCAAAUCAACAAUCCUGACUGUUAUGGGACUCCUGACUGGAAUGCUUCCCCACCAGUUUUGAAAUUCAGAUUCCCCAUAAAUGCCACCUCUGGAAAGUCUUUCUGCGAUAAUAGCAAUAAGAUAACCAGUGAGCGUGGUGAAGGAGUGUUUGCUGACUUCUCAAAUGUCCAGUACGUCAACAUCUCUGGUGCUGUUGUCUCUAUAGAUCCCACUGCAGGUACCAUCACCUAUCGGAAGCAAAUCAUGUACAGGUUUUCCUGCAAAUACGCGAUGCAGUAUCUGCUCAACAACACCGAAGUGGCCGUAUCAGGUGUGAGUCUUGCCAUAAGAGACAACAAUGGCAGCUUUAUCAGCACGCUGAGUAUGGCGCUCUAUAGCGAUGCCAACUACAACGACCUGCUAAUUGUCCCACAAACGGGGCUCAGUCUGAAGACCAAGAUCUAUGUCGCAGUUCAUGCAACGAACCUAACACAAAACUUCCACGUGCUGCUGGACAGAUGCUUUGCAACAACAAAAGCGCAUCCCUUCAAUAGCACCCAUCAUGAUCUUUUUGUAGGGUGCACAUUUGAUGGGCAGACCAAGGUGGAGCUGAAUGGGAAGGGACAAAAAGCAUACUUCUCCUUUGAGGCCUUCAGAUUUGUAGAGCACAAAAAUCUGACCGUUUCCACUUUCUACGUGCACUGUGCCGUCAGACUCUGUAAGGACGAGGACUGUGAACGUCUGUCUGUGAGUAGACUUGCAUUUAUAAAUUGA